CACUCUUUUGCUAGGUGCUCCAUGGAAACACACUCACGCCUGGAGUUUUGUUUACACUCUUGGGGGGCCAACAGUUACGGCCAGCUGGGACAGGGACAUGUGGAGGAUCAGCCUGCGCCCCGGCUCGCUGACACCGCCGCUCUACAGAGCAGGGCGGUCCGGACCGUGUGCGGCGGCGGCGGACACUCCGUGGUUAUCACCGACAGUGGGGAGGUGUUUGUGUGCGGCCAGAACCACAGAGGCCAGCUGGGACUUGGAAACAGUGCAGACGUGUCAACUCUUCAACUCUGCCCCGUCUUGAAUCACAGAAUCACACAGACGGCCUGUGGUUGGGAUUUUACUCUUCUUCUCACUGAUUGUGGUCAACUUCUGGCAUGUGGCUCCAAUGCGUUUGGACAACUGGGUGUUGCACAGAAUGUCACACACUCUGCAGAUCUACUAGUUAUUGAGAAUCUGAAGAAGCCAAUAGUGAGUGUAGCAGCAGGACUUAGACACGCACUUGCUGUUGCUGACUCAGGCUGUGUAUAUCAGUGGGGAACCGGUCUUUUCAGUCACGCUAAAAGAGCACUCAGUCCACACCCUGUCCCACCACACCUCAGCUCUAAGGUGCCAUCUUUAGUACCAGGUCUGGAUCAGAGGACAGCACACCUGGUAGCGGCAGGUUCAGCACACUGUGUGUGCCUUACAGGAGAUGGUGAUUUGUUUCUUUGGGGAAGCAACAAGCAUGGCCAGCUCACCACAACAGAGCGCUUCCUGUCUUCUCCUACUCUUCUGAGGCGAUCUCUGUUGAACGGAGAGAAAAUUUUAAACGUAUGGAGCGGCUGGACACACACUGUUGCUCAAACAGAGAGUGGCAGAGUGUUCACAUGGGGCAGAGGAGAUUAUGGGCAGCUUGGCCGACGAGCAUCCGCCAGCCGGGACCCGGAGCAGCAGUCAGCUGGCCCUGUAACAGAAGGUGGCAGCCAGGAGGUCUGCCUCCCUGCAGAGGUUACAGCCCUCCAUGGAGCAACACAGAUUACAUGUGGAUCUGAACAUAACCUCGCCAUCGUGGGGGGCUGUCUCCUCUCAUGGGGCUGGAAUGAACAUGGGAUGUGUGGAGACGGUUCACAGGCCGACGUCUUUCAUCCACAACUCGUUCCUGGUCUAAAGCCUCUUCUCAUUGGCUGCGGAGCCGGGCACUCCAUGGCAGUGUGUGCAGCAUCGACUGGCUCAAGACAAAACUCACCACCGACUUCACUUGAGUAGCACUGGAGCAGCAACAUUUAUUGAGCAUGACAAUCAGAGACUAUAUUGAAAAAAAAGAAUGAUUGGGGAUUUAACACAUUUCUGUUUUUGGGCUUGUAAAGCCAAGAUCUGAUCAUUUUAAGUGCCCUUAACCAUACAGUAACUUUCACCUUUUAUGAGGCUACCUGAGCUACUUGAACAUGUCACACUUCAAACUGCCGUUGUCAUAAAUGCUCUUGUGUGUUUGGACACAGGCUGAGUUAUGUUUCAUGUGACAGAGGCCAUCAUUUUGAUGGACAUGAUAGGAGCAAUGGCUUUGCAGGACGUGGGCGUGCCGAUGGCUGCUGGUCCGCCUGCCAUGCUUGUCUUCCUGAAUGAAGCAGUUAUGGAUCAUGUGAGGGAUGGGCUGGACUUGUGCUAUAGCUCCAUCUUCUCAUGUCACUUGGUUUAUUGCCGUGAUCUUGAGUGUCACAAUGUAAUCAAUCUCUGCGCUUUGUAGUGAAAAUCUCUGUCAUCUUGUGAUUUAUCACUUACACAGACAGGACAGUAUGUUUUUUGUUUUACAACUGUCCGUCACGUAUUUAUGUUCUUGUCAUAUUCUUUGAUGCUGUGUUUGUGUCCUUUGCACCAUUUUCGUACUUCAUUAGUCCCUCUGGGAGGAAACUCUUCCGCUGCAUUGGACUCAACCUACAUAUUCAUAAGCAGCAGACAGCCGCAGUGCAGCACCUGAGCAACACCUGCAGUUCUCAAGCCAACGCCUUGGUCAAAGGCAAGGGCAAGACUCACAAUGCCACAUGUCUGCCUUAUAUUUAGAUUUUAUUUAAGUUUCUUAUUUUAUUAUUGUGUUUUAUGCAAAUAAUAUGUGAAAAGUCUCUAUGGCAUCAAAAUUAUGCAUUAAUGAAAGUUAAAUUAAAGUACUUUAAACUGGGUUAGUUUGAAAAAAUAAAUAAAUCAACACUCACUGAAAAA